AUGGACAAGAUCAUUGACGCGCGCUUCGAGCGCGUAGAGAAGGCUCUAGCUAGUUUGAUCGAGUCGGUUUCCAAGUAUCAUCCCCACGCCAAGCAGGCAUUGGACCUCCACGAAGCCGACCAUGACCUCGCAAAAGGCCUCGACGAGGUCCAAAUCCAUCAAAACAACAAUCUUCGCUUGCAACAACUCCGAGCAACUACUGCCUCUCUCGAUACCCAAAUUCGAGAGACCCUUUCCAGUCUCGCAACAACGCGCAAGGACAUCACCACAACACAAAUCACGGUCCACCACGACGGGCCCAACUACCCCGUGAGAUACGACGAGCUACUCAACUAUGCUCGUCGCAUCAGCAAAACUACCCUCCCGCCCGCCGCCCUCACGAACGGUGGCCUCACCACCGGCGGAGGCUCCCCCGGGCCGGACCCGAACGCAAGCAUGACUACCAACCCAAACACACCCGGUGCGAACGGCCUCCAGAGCCAACCCGUAAGCGCCGCUCCAACACCCAGCCAGGGCCAAACGCCAGGUCCCUCAGGCGCAGCGAACGGGAGCCCCGUCGGCGGCCUGCAAGAUCUGCUCCCAGGAACGCAGCAGACCACCGCCACGAGCGGCGCGACCUCGCUGCCCGACGGCCUCCGCAACCACCUCAACCCCCACUUCAACGCAACUUUCGUCCCCUGGCCCAACGAAUUCCAGAUUCGCAGCGGAGCCAUGGCCGUCUACCAGGACCUCUCGGACAAGGGUGUCGACCCUCGCGGCUACGAUCCGCAGCAGAUUGCCGAGACGAAGCGGAAAGAAGAGGAGGAUCGCAAGGUCCGCGAGGAGCAGGAGAAGGCGGAGGUUGAGAGAAAGAACCGGGAGUACCAGGAAAAGAUGGAGAAGAUCCGCCGCGAGCAGCAGGAGGCGUACCGGCGCGACAGUGUGGCUGCUGGUGCGGUUGUGGGCGCCUCUUCGGCCGGCAAGAGCAAGCAGUUCCAGUUCACGAGUCUCAUGGACGAUGACGAUGACGAUGAAUAG